AUGGAUCAUUCCAGCCUUCACGAGUUUAUCAUCCUUUCAUUUCUCAGAAGGUCGCGCCCCCCGACGAUUGGCGAAAUCCAGAUUCAGUUUCAAGUCAACGGAAAAAGUGCACGUCAAGGUCUUCGAGCCUUAGCAGAUUACCAUGGCGUUGUACUACAUCCUAAGUCCGACGAAAUCUGGAUCUGCCAUCCAUUCUCAGCAUCGCCUACGACUUGUGUCGUGUCCUCAGACAAUCGUCAAUGGCGGGGGAAUUGCGCUUGGUGCUCGCUUGGCGUCAUGCACCUGGCGGAUGGAACUACAACCCUCACAACAAGGAAUGGCGGGAUCGGCGAAGCUAUUUCGAUUACGGCCAAAAACGGGCACCUGCAAGCUGCGGAUUUUGUUGUGCGUUUCCCAGUUCCUAUGAGGAAAGCAUGGGACAUUGUCAUUUACACCUGUUCUGUGCAGCUCCAUUUCCGAGACGAAACUCAGGUGGACGAAUGGUGUGCUACAAGAGGAAUUCCGAAAGGAGAUGUCCGACCUCUGAAGCAAAUUUGGGAAUUUGCUAAAGAGUGGUAUGGCCAACACGCCGAUGCGAACUGGACAAAAUGGUCUUUGUGCGAUGCGACGAAAAUCUUCCAUCGCCACGGUUUAGACGGUCCAGUCUGGGACGUCGGGGAGACAUCAGGCCGCUUCUGA